AUGUCGGAGGAAGCUACUCCUUUGCAGACGAAGAAUGUGUCUCCAUUAAGGAAGAAGCCAAGGUUCCCUUCUACUGUGAAAACUCAAGUGGGGUCUGCUCCAUCAUCAUCUGUCAGGGUCAAAUGUCUUGCAGGUGCAGAUAACAAGAAGGUUGGUGGUAUGCGCGGUGUUUGGGGUGUUCUACCCAAGCCUCCUACUGACAAGCUUGAAAACCAUGACCUGCUUCGUGAGGUAGCUUGUGCCCAAUCUAGUUCUGCCGAGCAUCAAAGAGAUGCAGACAUUCCUCCUCGAAGUUCAAGUCAUCUGCAUCAAUCAAAAGAUGGAGAUCAAAGCGGGAGGUCUGCUUAUGAUCCAAAUGUUGAGUCACGGGCAGUCAAGCGUGGAGUUGAUUCAGUAUCGUUGACUCCUUUGGAGGUGAGGUUGGUGGAGGCUAAGAAUAUGAGAAAGUCAUUUGCCCGGGCUAAGGGUUCUUCUUCAGCGUCGACGGUUGAUACCAAGGCGAACAAGUCUAGCCCUGCAGGGGAUGCAUGCUUUUUCAGAAAUUGGCUUCUCUCUCUAACUCUCUUGGCUCCAUCUCUUCGGCUCGUCUCUCUCCCUCGUGUACCUCUCUCUCUUCGAUGCAAUUGUCUUUCUCCUUCAACGGUGGCUGUUCAUCCAAGUAUAACUCCAUCGUUGACAUCCACGAGGGGCUCGGGUGAAGAUGGACAAUUGGGAAUCGGGAACAACGAGGAGAAGGAGUGGGUAUGUGUUGUCGAAGCCCUCCAGUCAAGGACUGUCCGGUCUGUUGUCGCUGGUAGCCGAAACUCUCUUGCCAUUUGCGAUGAUGGCAAGUUGUUUACAUGGGGUUGGAACCAAAGAGGAACCUUGGGGCACCCUCCAGAGCCCAAAACUGAGAACAUUCCUAGCCAAGUUAAAGCUCUUGCCAAUGUUAAAAUUGUUCAGGGUGCUAUUGGUGGAUGGCAUUGUUUGGCUGUUGAUGAUCAAGGCCGUGCUUACGCCUGGGGUGGAAAUGAGUAUGGACAGUGUAGUGAAGAACCUGAGCGGAAAGAUGACACUGGUAGACCUUUGAGAAGGGAUAUAGUGAUCCCUCAGUGCUGUGCACCGAAGCUUGUAGUCCGCCAGGUAGCUGCUGGGGGUACUCACUCUGUGGUACUUACACAUGAUGGGCAAGUAUGGACCUGGGGUCAGCCGUGGCCUCCAGGAGACAUGUCUUGAUGCAGUGAAGCUCAUUGCAGUUGGGGCAUUUCAUAAUUUGGCUCUUCAAGAGGAUGGUACUUUAUGGGCAUGGGGUAACAAUGAAUAUGGACAGCUUGGAACUGGAGAUACCCAGCGUAGAUCACAACCUAUUCCUGUCCAGGGUCUUUCUGGUCUUACUUUGAUUUUGGUUCGGCAGAUUUGGGAGCAUGUGAUGUAUUGGUGUGAAAAAUGUGCAUAGGCUUAAGGCAGAAGUGGGGCAUCUAUAGAGGUGAACUUAUGUGGCAGUUAGUUGGGCUUGCUGAUACAGACCUGGGUUUCCUUUGACACAUACCUUUAGCGAUAGAAACAUUUAAAACUGCAUGUAUGAUAUCUUGCAAAA